GCAUUUAUGCUUAUACCCUUUAUCAGCAAAAACAAGCACAAGUUAAAUUAGAAACUGUUUUUCAGGAAAAGACCGCUCAAAUUAGGGAAGAAUAUCAGCAAAAUAACUCGCCUUUAACUGGAAUUGGUGGUUAUAUUGAUGAAUAUAGUAUUUUCUCUAAUUCAGGAGCGUUAAAAAUGCAACAAUUAAAUCAAUUAAAAGCAACUAUUGAACAAAAGCAAAUUGCCGAACAAAUUUCUCAGCAAAAAGCCCAAGAACUCCAAAAGCAAGCGAAAAUUUUACAGCGAUCAAGCGAAAUAGAAAAUAAUUUAAAAGAAAUUCAGGCUAAUUUAGGCGAAAAAUUAGCCUUAGCAGAUAAAUUCUUAAAGAAAGAUGAAGAAAAAGCACUUAAUCAAUCUUUUUUAAUUAAACUAGAAAGGAUUAGCGUUAUUUCUAGUGAAGAAAGUAGUUUAUUAUCUCAAUUGCGUUUAUCUUUAGAACAAUUUAUCGCGAUUUCUUGCCAGGCUUAUCGUUUUAAUGAAGAGGAAAAAGAAUAUUUAAGCGAUAAUUACGUGAAUUUAACUAAUGAACAGCAAUUAACUUUAUUAAAUAGCG